UCCAGUGCGUGUCCCGCUGUAACCUUUACCAUACACACUAUACAGACCGCUUGCGACUCGAGCAGUACGAUACGAUCUCGCCUUUAUCUAAUCUUCCCACAAAUGUAUUAAUUACCUUAGAUCUUAUAAUUGAAUAGUGAAGAUAGAUAAACUAGUGAUAAAAUAAAUCAAUAACAACUUAUCGGAAUUUGUACCUAACGGUGUUUGUACCUAAGUAAUAUGGAAAAUUAGAGGAUUAUUUAGGUAAAAAACAUUGUUUAAGGUCAUGUAAAUAUUUUUAAUGAAUUUAACUACCAUGUGGCGGGCUAUACUAAAUUCUUGUGCAAUUAUUUUCAUUUUGACGAGUCAUCUCGACACAGCUCCAGUUUACCCACAUUCGGCGCGUGGGCCGCGGUACACAGUGAGUAAUGGGCACGAGACGCCGAAACCGUUCGUGGAGGUGCGGAACGGGACGUUCCACGGGACCGGGCCCCGCGAGGAGGCGCGCGCCAUGUGCUCCGUGAAGACUCUGGAGGUGAACGCCACCGCCAACGCUACUAUUACUAGAGGCUGCAUGGAGUUGUUACUUCAAGAGAGCUACACAGCGCGAUCCAGCGGCUAGAGUUGAUCAUAUACGGGCAGAUGCACCAGCUGUGGCAGAGCCUGGACGCGUUGCGCGCACAGGUGGGCGCGCGCGCACCGCUCCCGGACCGACGGAGCGUCGUGUUCCGGUUGCAGCCAGAAGGGUAGCCCGCCAUUGGUGCAAUGAUACACUGUGUCAUAGACACGCGAUGGUGACUGACGCCACCGCCUUAUGUUGCCAGAGAUGUACAGUCGACCAAAAAUGUGGUUUACCACCCUACGGUUGAAGUUCGUUUGAACGCCAUGAGACAAGAAGGGCGAUUUCUGCUUGCAAUAAUAUUAUGUCAGUGACAAUUGCUCUGUCUAUAUUUGAUAUUUACGUCAUGCCAUGUGUCAAGUUAACCUUAGCGAUCGUUAGAGCUCACAGAAACUUUUGUCAAAACUGGUAGACCACUUCCUUGGCCCACUGUACCUGUCUGUAUUACCCGUUUGAACGUAGGACUAUAUAUUGUGUGUGAUUCAUCAAAUCAUCAUCGUGGUAUGUCAAAAUGCAUAAAGAUUAAUAUUGAGCUGUAAGCGCGCAUCACUACGCAGUCAAAGGGUUAAUUUAAGUGAACUUUCUAUCGUGAAAUGUAGAUAACACUUCGUGUGUCUUCGGUUCGUUCACAGCUAAUCGUUUAGGUAAUCAAAUGGUUAUCAUAUUAAUGCAAAGGAAACUAAUACGUAAUAUUGAUCUAACAAAUGAUAGAGUUCAAUAUUGCAUUAUUUUUAACGCUUCGCCUGUGUGAAAGUCCUCAAGUUAAACAAAAUAAAUACUAAUGGAUAUCAAGAGAUGAAUAUAACACUUAAUUCGUGGUACUAGUUCAUUAACGAAAUGGUGCAUUUCUUAUAGCGAAGAAAUAUAACAUCUUCGCAAUAAGAAAUGUAUACAUGCUAUAGAUAUGCAAAAUCUCUCCUUCAAAGUAACCUACUUGGACCAGUAUGUUACUAUGUUAUGUGUAUAUUUUCCGUAAUUGGACGUAGUUACG